CCUGAUGGUCGAAGAUAUACAUCGACGUCCCGUGACAACUUCGAUCAGACGAUACACCGGGGUGAUCGGUAUCACUUCAGAACAUGGCGUCACUACUCGCCACAUCUCCUCUCUUGUCUCCUAACGAGGCUCAUCUCGUCGCCUUUUCCCUCACCUCGGCUUACGUCGGCGGGCUCUACCUCUCCCGUCUCUCCCUUUCACACCAAAACGUCCAACCCAAAGCGACAGGUUCGGAUGCUUCCAAGAAGAAGGAUGAGACUCCAUUGAGAGAUUUGGUCGAGGCGGAUACUCCCAUCGAGUUGGACAGGGAUGAUCCGAGGGUGAUCAGGAGCAGGUGCAAGGCGGUCGGCGUGGCUACCCUGGGUGGAUGUGCUCUGGUAGGCGGUAUCAUCUAUUACCGAGGCAAUGUCCAGGACCUGAGGGCUACAUUACCUGUCACCCUACGAUAUCUAGGCCUUCCCAACUCCCUCCCUCCCCUGCCCAACUUCCCCCUUCCCUCGUUAACCACCCUCUCCCAUAUCAUCCCCUCCCCGUCAACGAUCGUCGACCUCUUCACCUCCCUCCCUUCCAAGAUUCAAAUUAAAUCCCUCCGCCCGCUCCUCCCUUAUGCGCUCGCCCCGAUCUUGUUCACCGGACCGAUCCUCACAGGCGCCAUGGAGAAGACUUGGCCGGGCCAGGCUUAUGGGAGGAGGUUGUUCUCGCUGAAGGAUGGUGGGGUGUUGGAUUGCCUAUCUUUGGUGAUCCCUGGGUUCGUGAAGAAUGCUUGGGGAGCGUUGAAGGGGGAGAAGAGGGAGCGAGUGGAGGUUUCGCCGGCGGUGGAGAGGAGGAGGUGGGUCGAGAUGAGGAAUUAUAUCGUCGGCCCGAUCACGGAAGAGAUCGUCUUCCGCUCAUGUAUCAUCUCCACCUACCUGCUCGCCGCUUACGACAAACAGUCCUCUUGGAAGGCAUUAACGCUGGGCACUCCAUGCUGGUUCGGACUUGCCCAUCUGCAUCACGCCUGGGAGGUGUACAAGAAGGGCGGGAGGACCGGUGAGGCUGCAUUGAGGGCGGCGAUCUCGGCCGGCUUCCAGUUCUCGUACACGACCUUGUUUGGCUGGUUCGCCGCUUACUUGUUCAUCAAGACCGAUUCGGUCUUGCCUGCGGUUGCGAGCCACGUGUUUUGCAAUAUCAUGGGUUUCCCAGACCUUAUGGGAGCGAUCGAGAGUUUCCCCUCGAUGAAAGGUCCCAUCAUCGGGUCUUACCUCGCGGGAAUCGGUGGUUUCGUCUACGGUCUCAGACAGUUGUAAUCGGACAUCCACGUCUCUGUGUAAUAUGAUCCCUUGUCCGCCGGUUAGGGCCAUUUCUAGAAGCUGCGAUUGAGAAUCACAGAGUUCAUGAGCCAGGCUGAUGUCGGCGGGGAAAGGCAUGCUAUGAUUGCAGGACGGAUCAGAACCGGC